AUGAUUAAACAACAGCAACCACAACAACUUAAGGCACAAACCAUUACAUACGCCACAUAUGCAUAUAAUUCAAAGACGGCAGAACAAACACAAAGGUUGAAAUAUGGAGAUUUGGAGAUAGUAUUGAAAAAUGACCAUUUCGAAUUCGUUUGCAAAGGUGGUGCGGUGAUAUCAAAUAUAAAAGAAAUUUUAUUUAUGAAUUCAAAAAUUAAAGGAAUAACGGAUGAUAUAACAUCAAUUCCACCAGAAGAACAGAGAUAUUACGCAUUAAAUGCAUUUCCUAAAGUUUUGAAGAUUGGAAGAUUUAAUUUAAAUGAGGAAUUCAUAAAAGGUUUCCUAAAUGACAUAAUGAAGAAAGCAGAUAAGGAAUGUGUUGCUGCUGCGUUAGUGAAGAAAGCGGAUAAGGAAUAUGUUGACGAAAAAGAUAAUGAAAUUAAAGAAAGAGUUGAAUGGUAUCAUGAAUGGACAUCAAAGAUUUUAAAAACUAAAGCCGAUACAGGAUGGGUUUCAGGAUGUUUAGACCUUAAAGCGGAUAAAACAUAUGUUAACGAUGAGUUAAUGAAGAAAGCAGAUAAAACUUAUGUUAACGAUGAGUUAAUGAAGAAAGCAGAUAAAACAUAUGUUAACGAUGAGUUAAUGAAGAAAGCAGAUAAAACAUAUGUUAACGAUGAGUUAAUGAAGAAAGUAGAUAAAACUUAUGUUAACGAUGAGUUAAUGAAGAAAGCAGAUAAAACAUAUGUUAACGAUGAGUUAAUGAAGAAAGCAGAUAAGGAAUAUGUUAACGAAAUAUACCAAAGUUUGAUAGGAACAACAAAAAAUAUUGAAACUAUUGUUGGUGACUUUACUGUCAAUGAAGAAAACAAAUAUUUUAGAUGGGA